GUAUUGCACCCUAGUCAGAGAAUAUCGAAACCUUGCAAAAUGUCCCUAAAAUUACUAAAACAAGCCUAAUUGAACAUCCACCUCUCAAGCACUUAACAUAGCUAUAAAAUGUUAAACUGUCGUUGACGUUUUGCCCUCUAACGAGACGGUCACGCCGAUGGUGGUCUUCAUCGUUUAACUUACGGUAGUAGUUCGUGCCAAUAAUAAAAUAAGAAGUUUGAGGUUGGAUUUGAUAAACAAUUUUUUUGAAUGUUUUGGAGUAUUUGGUAAUUCAUGAGGGACAAAAUCUGAUAAUACAUUAUAGUAAUUGACAAUAACAUGGAUGAUGAAUAUGACGAUCGCCCUUGGGAUAAUGGAGACAGAAUUGAUAAUGAGUCAGAAGGUGGGGAAGAUGCCGAGAAUCCAGAACAAGUUUUGGCAGAAUGUGCAGAAAAGUUUUCAACUUCAGAUUAUAUUAUGGAACCAGGAAUUUUCUCACAACUCAAACGGUAUUUUCAAUCUGGAGGAAAUCCAUUGCAGGUUAUCGAAGAGUUGUCACAAAAUUACACAGCUGUUGCUCAAAUGGCUAACUUGAUAGCUGAAUGGCUAAUAAUUGGAGGGGUAAAGGUUACUGAUGUUCAGGCAAUGGUUGAAAACCACUUGAAAGAAAUGAUACUUAAGACAUUUGACCCUAAAAAGGCUGACACAAUUUUCACUGAGGAAGGAGAAACACCAGCCUGGUUAACUCAAUUGAUAGAACAUCCAACAUGGAGAUCUUUGAUAUACAGAUUGGCAGAGGAAUAUCCAGAUUGUCUUAUGUUGAAUUUCACAAUAAAGCUCAUCUCUGAUGCUGGAUUUCAAGGCGAGAUUACGAGUAUCUCUACUGCUGCUCAACAGCUGGAAGUAUUUUCGAGAGUACUCAAAACAUCAAUAUCCAGUUUCCUAGUCAAUCCUGAAGAAUGGCAGAAUACUAGUAAAGAAUGUGCUAAAAUGGUUUGUCACGGACAGCAUACAUAUGUUUACAGUCAAGUGAUUAUACAUAUUCUGGCCCGGGAAUCUAAAGGAGGCAGCAGUAUGAAGAGGCUGUCACAGGAAAUAACAAAAUGCGCUCAGAAAAACGGAAACGACAUAACCCCAAUAACAAUGGCAUUGAACAGUGCAUCUGCAUAUCCCACAGCUUGUCAAGCUCUAACGGCUAUGCUGUCAAAGAAUAACUUGAAUCCUGCUGAUAUUACAGUACUUUACAGAAAUUAUAACGCAGCAGAUCCCCCGCCCAUAGAUUUGAUAAGGACACCACAAUUUUUAGGUAAAUUAUUGAAUUAUUUAUCAAAAUAUUGGUGUUUGAAUGGUAGUUAUUUGGUUAUUGUGAGUGGUUUGUUCUACGCUUUUAGUAGUAAUAGUAGAAUAUGUGUGAUUGAUGACUUGUCCGACAAUAAUGGAACACACUGUACCAUUAAACUCAACUUUACUUUACUACUACACNGUACCGUUACUGAACCCAGCUACUUCAAGCUAUGUACAGAACAUACUCCCAUACACUUAGCUUUGCUGGAUGAAGUUGUAACGUUACAUCCUCUGCUGCAUAAUCAAGUAUUAGAUUUGCUGAUUCGUUUAUUUGAAUCCAAACAAGACGACCUUGAAAUUUUAGUGCAGUUGGAGAUGAGAAAAAUGGUUCUGGAUAGAAUGGUAAAUCUUUUGUGUUCUGGAUUCGUAGUUCCAGUUGUGAAAUAUAUAAAACAAUGUUGGCAAAAGGGUGAUACUGAUAUUUCCUUGAUCAGAUAUUUCGUAACAGAGGUAUGUAUUGUAAUUACCAUUAUACUGACAUCCAGUUUUUCGAUAUCAUGGUACAAAAUGAGCCUUUGAUUCAUUGAUUUACAU